CCGCUACUGGCCUUUUGGAUGAGUGGCGGUUUCGAAGGCCAAUCGGCUUCCCGGGCUGCCCGAGCGCCCGGCCUGAGGGAGCCGCCGGCGCGUCGCCGCAACGGCGUUCCGGGCUGAGGCGAACCGUUGCUCGUGCUCCUCGCGUCCGCGGCACCAUGUUCCAGGGCCCCGAGAGCGACGCGGCGAAACCCAGCUCCAGGGUACUGAAACCCCCUGGGGGAGCCUCCAGCAAUCUCUUUGGAAGCCCAGAAGAAGUUUCUGCCUCUCUCAGGCCACACAGAAUGGCAUCUAACAUAUUUGGAGGGGCUGAAGAAUCUCAGAACUUCCCAAAGAGAACAAACCCUCCAGGUGGAAAGGAGAGUGGCAUUUUUGAGGGCAAUAAGCCUAACCCUUCCCGUCAACUUACAAAUCCACCUGGUGGAAAAACCAGCAAUAUCUUUGGAUCUCCGCAGCCUGCCAGCACUACUAAAGCACAUCCAAAUAAGCCAAAGGAUCAUUCCAAUAUCUUGUUUGACAGAGGAGAUUCACCACAGGAACCAAGAUCAAAAGCUACAGAAGACCAAAAACCACGGAUGGAAGGCAUGAGUGAAAAAGGAGAGCUACAGAAGGAAAAUGAAAAUAGAGCCCUUCCGAAGGAGAGUACCAAAGAGCCUGAACCCAAGGUGGAUGAUCAUGAGCCAAGGCUGGGACCACGACCACGGUCACACAACAAAGUGCUCAACCCCCCCGGAGGCAAAUCCAGCAUUGCAUUUUAUUAAGAAAAGCUGUUUCUCUUUUUCUUUAAUGGAGUCAGCAAAGAAACAUUUCCCAUUUUCAAGGUCAAUUAAAGGGCUAGCCUUCUUGUGCUGGGAGGAGGAGGCACUUAGUGGUUUGGUUUAUUCAGUAUGUGGCAGAAGUCAACUUGAGCAUCUGUAUUUUAUUUUUUUUUAAAAUGCAGAUCAGAUUCCUGAGAGAAUCCUUUCAGCCCUACACUUCUGCUGCUUUCUGAAAAUAUGGGCAGUAGCACACAUUCCUGCUGAAGGCAGAAUAUUGCUUUCUUGAUGUUCAGAUUAUGUAAUACAGCUUUCUGCAGACAUUAGCUUCGUUUGAUAGGAACAGAGGCCGGCCUAAACUUUUGACUGAAGGUCUGUCUGGACUGUGAACUAGAGUUCUCUCUCUGUCUGGUUGUACAGAAUAGUAUGGAAGGAAAACCUUACCAAGCAAGUGUAUCGUAAGAGGAAUUGUAUUUGAAAGAAUCAAAUUUUCUUGUACAGUCUCAGAAGCCUUAACCUUGUAGUUUUCCCUAUGUUUGUUUCUGGUUUGUUAAAAAAGUUGCAAACUUGAAUGGAGAAGAAAUUUGCAGUCAUGUGUGGCACAGAAUAAUCUAUUGUAGCAUCUCUGCCCAAACCACUUUUUGUAUAGUUAGGCCUUGAAUACUGUCCUUGGGGGUGGUUAAGAAGUUAGUGCUUUACACCAUCAUUAGCCUCCAAACAGAAGCUGUACUGGUGCUUGAAGGUUCUAACUUCCAUUGUGCUCUUAACUGCCUCUGUCCUACAAAAAUGUCCAGUUUUGUGUAAUUCUCUGCUGACUCUGUUAGUCCAUUUACAUUCCCUCCUUUUUGGCCUUUGUUUGCCUUUGGUCACUUCUGCCUAUCUUCUGGAAGUGGAAUUGUCAGGUCCUUUUCACCCACACUCCACUAGGCAGCACCUUUACCUUGAACUACACUGGGUCAAGUUGCAGCUGCUGGGCUGCCCACCAUCUUCUAGCCCACUUUUGUUCUCCCACCUUCAUCAUAGAAGAUUUAGAAUCCCGUCUCUGAUAGGUAGGAGAGGGGAAGGGGGAAAUGGUGUAGGAACUACAGCCCUGCUUAUUUACACCUCAAGGUUCAGGUAACAUAUUCAGACAAGGACCUGUGGAUCAAAUUGGAAGGCAUAGUUUACCCCAUCUGAUUGUAGCUAUACAUUGUAGCUGCCUUAAGAUUGUGUGUGUGUGUGUGUGUCCCUGUUUCUUCUCUCCAAUUGCAGAUGGUUCCAGGAUUUUUGCAAUGCAAUUCUUGUGGUGCACACACUAUUUAGAUUUGUUUGCAAUAAUUUUGUCAUUUCCUGUAAUUACACUGUUGGUUUAGGAUGGAAGAGACAAAAGAUACAGUUCUUAGGAUGGAUUUUUCAUGAACUGUAUUGUAGGGUUCAUUAUUUGUCAACAUCAGGUGCUUAGACUGCAGUGGCUUGCCUCUUAACUCCAUUAUAUGUGGGAAUUCAUCAGGCACACCAAAGACCUAGUGGCCUUCCUUACAGCAAAAAAUUCAAGGGUGUUGCAAUCUUGGUCCUGGAAAGCAAGCUCUGUGCCCAGUAUUAAACUUAAAGAGUUCUAUCCAACGUUAGGUGAAUGGGCGCCUUUUAGACCAAAAUGUACCUUCUGUUGGAGGGGGCUUAAUUCUUCAUUGCCAACUUUUUAACAAUCUUGGCUUAUAAGUGCCCCCCCACAACUGCCAUGAGCCAGUGAAUGUUUGGAUAUGAACGCUUGAGUCUUAGGAGGAGUUGAUUUUAAAUGGAAAAAGAUGGACAGUUCGCCAAAGUUUGUUUCUCAAACUAUUUGCAUUGUGUUUUUGGAUGUCUUUCCUGCUAAGGUAUCAAGCUUGAACUAUCUGGGAUUGAUGUAGUAAAAGGUGCAUUUUCACCAGUGCCUGUUCUGGAUAGCAUUUUCCAGCUAAGCCUUAAAUUAUCACUGAUUUAACUACUUGUGUGCCAUUUUCCCCAUGGAGUACUGUAGCUAUCCAGAAACGUAAGGUUAGUUUUUAUUCUUUCUAAAUGGUGGUUGACAACCCCAAAAUUUCAAAUCAUGUAUUGUUCAAUGAACAGCUGUGUUUUGAUAGUUCAUUAUGGUGUAAUUGAUCGAUCCUUAAGGCUCUGACUUAAAAUGGUGCCCUGCUAUGGUCCCAUUAAUUUUCAUCCACUGAUACUGGGAACAUGCAAUAUCCAAAUUUUCAUUUAAAAAGAAGACAACCUUGUGGUGGGCCAUCUAUGUACAUGGUACUUGACUGAGUAAUUUGAAACAAAAAUGACAAGGCUCCUGUCCACAGAAGUUUGUAAUUAAAUUCUGGAUGAAUGUAACUGUUUCUAGGCUGACAAUGUAAGUUGAAUACUGUGUGAAAGGGAACAAUUGCCACUUUAUUCUGGAGUAACAUAUUCAAAUGAUUGUAUAUGCAAUGGAGUCCCUUAAUAAGCUUUUCUAGAGAGAAGUUACAACGGUUGCUUUAUAGCCUAAAUUUAUUGAGGGGCACAUCUCUUCCUUCAAACUCCUCCUCAACCUAUUCUUUAGUUCAACCCCUAGAUGCUAUUCUUUCCCUAUAAACCCUACAUAUAUUUCCUUAGCCUUUGUUUGUGUCACUGUGGCAGAUUUUUGAUUAUAAACUUGUUGGGCAAGGGACUUGUACUCUGUAAAGUGCUGUCUACUUCGACACCAGGUAAAUAAUAAAUCUCAUAAAUGGUUUUCCAUGCUA